AUCAGCCAAACUCAACUACACCAUAUUCCUCUCUCUCCUCUCUCUCUCUAUCUCUCUCUACACUAACUCCAUCGCUCUCCUUCUCAGCUCUCUCCUCUCUCUCAGCUGCUAUAACAAUCCAAAGCUCCAAACCCCUGCCGAAUUUCCGCUGUACCGCCCGUUUCAAAUCGACCCACGGCGGCGCCACCGCCCGAAGGAUUGGCCGCCGGCUUCGGCCAUGGACGCCCGGGUUCUUACGCCGCGCUCCGCUGAAAAUGCGCUCAUGACCCACGUUAGAGUCUUCUUGAUUACACCCCGAGAACCAUCGGAUUAUCUAAAUUCCUCCCACAUAAAAUCACACUAACCGAGGAAGAGGAGCACCGCAUUUAUUUGUUGCACAGUGGUCCAACGUAUAGUUUCUUUUAUCAUAAAAUGGCUGCACCAAAUGCCGCCACCGCCGCUGCGGUGGAGUCCACCUCCGUCUCGUCCGACGAGUUGGCGGCCAAGGCGGUGCACAAGAGGUACGAAGGCUUGGUAAUGGUACGGACGAAGGCGAUUAAGGGCAAAGGGGCCUGGUACUGGGCGCACCUCGAGCCGAUUCUCGUGAACAAUCCCGACACCGGCUUGCCCAAGGCUGUAAAGCUUAGGUGCUCUUUGUGCGACGCCGUUUUCUCCGCCUCGAAUCCGUCGAGGACCGCCUCCGAGCAUCUCAAGCGAGGCACAUGCCCGAAUUUCGCGUCCGCGCCCAAGCCCAUUUCUUCGGUGCCUUCGUCUUAUUCAGUUUCGGUUGCUUCAGUGCCACAUACUGCUAGUGUUUCUCCUUCUUCGCAGCCGCCCCACAACCAACGUAAGCGUGGUGCAUCUAGUCGCGGCGCUGGUAGUAGCGUUGGUGGUGGGAGUGGGAAUUCCGGUGGCACUGGAACGACAUUUUCAGCGCACCAAAUUGUUCCACCAUUGGCUAUUGUCGACCCUUCGAGAUUCACGGUGGAUUUAGCUUACCCACCUGCCGUUUCAAUCGCUAGUACAAGUGUGGUUAUUGCUUCUAGUAGUGCGAGUCCGGCCGCCGGCGGCGGUUUGUACGGUCACCAGCAGCAACAGCAGUUGGUUUUGUCUGGUGGGAAAGAGGAUUUGGGACCUUUAGCAAUGCUGGAAGAUAGUGUAAAGCGACUGAAAAGCCCCAAAGCAUCGCCUGGACCAACAUUAAGCAAAGCUCAGGUUGAUUCUGCACUUGAUUUUCUUGCUGAUUGGGUUUAUGAGUGUUGUGGGUCGGUUUCAUUUUCAAGUCUUGAGCACCCAAAGUUCAAGGCAUUUCUCAAUCAGGUCGGAUUACCUGCAAUUUCGAGAAGAGAGUUUGCCGGGUCUAGAUUAGAUGCUAAAUACGAGGAGGCCAAAGCCGAGUGCGAGGCCAAAAUUCGUGACGCCAUGUUCUUUCAGAUUGCAUCCGAUGGUUGGAAGUCAAAGGAUUAUGGCCAUGUAGGGGAAGAGAAUUUUGUGCAUUUGGCUGUGAAUCUUCCCAAUGGGACUAGUGUGUUCAGGAGGGCUGUUUUUACUAGUGGUUAUGUCCCGUCGAAAUACGCCGAGGAGAUUUUGUGGGAUACCAUUACUGAGAUUUGUGGGAGCACGGUGCAGCAAUGUGUAGGUAUAGUUUCAGACAAGUUUAAGGGCAAGGCAUUGAGGAAUUUAGAGAACCAACAUCAUUGGAUGGUUAAUCUCUGUUGCCAGUAUCAAGGUUUCAGCAGUCUAAUUAAGGACUUCGGAAAGCAGCUUCCGUUGUUCAAGAGCGUGACUGAAAAUUGCUUAAAACUGGCAACUUUUGUCAAUAACAAGUCUCAAAUUCGACAUAGUUUUCAUAAGUAUCAACUGCAGGAAUACGGGCACGCUGAUUUGUUGAGAGUUCCCUUACGAGAUUAUGAAACUUCAGAUUUUGGGCCUGUGUACACAAUGGUAGAGGACAUACUUGGCUCAGCCCGGGCUCUGCAUUUGGUACUGUUAGAUGAAUCAUAUAAGUUGGUAUCAAUGGAGGAGCCAAUGGCUAGAGAAAUUGAAGAAAUGAUGAGGAACCCGCAUUUUUGGAAUGAAUUAGAAGCCGUGCAUUCUCUGUUUAAAUUGAUCAAGUCAAUGGCUCAAGAGAUUGAGAUGGAGAAGCCCCGGAUCGGACAAUGCCUCCCUCUUUGGGAAGAGCUCAGAGUAAAAGUUAAAGACUGGUGCUCUAAGUUUCACAUUGUCGAAGGACCUGUAGAGAAGGUGAUCGAGAAAAGGUUCAAGAAGAAUUAUCACCCGGCUUGGGCUGCUGCCUUCAUACUCGAUCCACUUUAUCUAAUUAGGGACACUAGUGGGAAAUACUUACCACCCUUCAAAUGCUUGACACCUGAACAAGAGAAAGAUGUGGACAAGCUCAUAACUCGGCUCGUAUCGAGGGACGAGGCUCACAUUGCACUUAUGGAGCUUAUGAAGUGGAGAACAGAAGGGUUGGAUCCGGUUUAUGCUCAAGCUGUACAAUUGAAGCAAAGGGAUCCUAAUACAGGGAAAAUGAAGAUUGCCAACCCGCAAAGCAGCAGGCUUGUGUGGGAGACUUAUCUAACUGAGUUUAAGUCAUUAGGAAGGGUGGCAGUUAGGCUGAUUUUCCUUCAUGCAACGUCUUGUGGCUUCAAAUGCAACUUGUCUUUACUUAGAUGGAUUAGUGCUCAUUCGCAUUCGAGAGUGGGAAUGGACAGGGCUCAGAAAUUGAUAUUCAUUUCUGCUCACUCAAAGAUGGAAAAGCGGGAGUUUUCCAGUGAUGAAGAGAAGGACACCGAGCUUUUUGCCUUGGCAAAUGGUGAGGACGAUGUGCUCAAUGAGGUUUUUGUUGAUACAUCCUCUGUAAGCAUUUGAGUCGAAUAUUGUUAGACUGGCGAGACCUCCAUGACAAAGGUUGGAGUUGAUCAAAUUAUGAGAGGAUGGCUGAAGAGGAGACCUCCUGGUUUUGUUUGUUUCCACGAAAACAUCAGAGGGUUGUCUGAAUCAAAAGACUAAAGCACCAACUUUUGCUACCUUAAUCAACAACUUCAGAGCUGGAGCAGCACUUGUAACUGUUGAUGAUUCAUCCCUAUCUCCUGGAUUAUAUGUGUUUUUGAGAUAGUGGCGCCCCACCACGAACAAAGUGGACGUCUAUUCACAAAUUUUUGGUUGUUACAUGAGGGGUAAAAAGCGCCCCCCUUAAUUUGAAUCAUUAUGGGGUACCUUCGACUUUAAACAUUCCAAAGCUUGUGAUGUUCAUGCAGAGUCGUCGGAUGAUGCUCCCCAUCAUUGUAGAAAAGGUUGCUGAGGACCCCAAGUUGAAGAAGGUUGUCGGCAU